CUUCGUGAACACGUAACACUGGAUGUUUCUUCGGAAACAUGGCUGACCAUCGUGUUCUGCUGGUGCAAUGAAUUUUUGUGUACAUUAAGGAUAAAAAGCGUUCAAAAUCACGAAAGCAAGCGUCAUUUUGGCAAAUCAUGUCCUCGAUUCAUUUUGUCGUGCAUCCCCUGCCAGGGACGGACGACCAACUCAACGACAGGUUGAGAGAAGUAGCAGAUAAAAUAAACAGAUAUGGAUAUGUAACACCACCAGCCUUUAAUGGGUUGAAAGUGUCGAUAAAACGUGUUGUAGUUGGACCAACGCAUAUUGCUCUUCUCACAGAUGACAAUAGGAUUUGUAGAGUUGCAUUUACUGUACUAUCCGAUAGAUUGGACUUGAGUAAAAAUGAACCUAACAGAAAUACAAGUAAAAGCCAUGUUGGAAACUCUAAUUCCACACCAAAUGGGAAUGGAAGUAGUAGCAGUGGUAGCAGAGCAGGUAUAUCGCGUUCGCGCGCACGUAUUAUGCGUAGUUCAGCGAUCCGUGGAGGUAGCAGCGGUGGAGGUAGCAGCGGUGGUGGUCGUAUAGGACCGCCAGGAGUGAUUAUGGGAGGAGGAACUGGUAGUAGUUCGCGUCCUAUCGCGUCUGUGCCAGCUCCUUUUGUACCAGAAGAUCUUAUAACACAAGCACAAGUGGUGUUGCAAGGAAAAAGUCGUAAUCUAAUCAUCAGAGAAUUACAGCGUACAAAUCUAGACGUAAACUUAGCAGUAAACAAUCUUUUAUCACGAGACGACGAAGAAGGUGAUGAUGCGGAAGAUGCAGCUGAUAGUUAUGUUCCGGAAGAUCUUAUAUCACUAUUAGAUGGCGGUUUUAGUAACGAACAUUCGGUUAUAAUCGACGCUGAUUCUAUGUUCUCUGAGGAUAUGUUUGGUUAUACUGGGAUACGAAAUCGUGGAAGUUCAUCACGUCGUUUGGUAAGCAACGAUCGUGAAGGUGAGCGUUCAUCUGACAGGGAUAGAGAUCGUGAUAGUUUUAGCAGAUGGCGAGAUCGCCAAUAUUAUGGCCCACGUCGUUGGUUGGAAACCGCUCUGAAAGAUUCAUGGGAGAAGGAUUCAGAUAAUAAGAAGAAAGAAUUAGCCUCACAGAGCCCUCUAUGGAUAUCCGAAGAAUUGGAAUGGUGGCAAGAUCGAAGUAGCGAUCCGGUGCCCCGUUUUGUACAAAUUGCAACGCUUUACAGCGAACUAAUCGCCGUUUCUGCAUCGGGACAGCUGUACCAAUGGAAGUGGACCGAAUCGGAACCGUAUAAGAAUGUAGAGAAUCCAAACGUUCAUCAUCCGAAAACCAUUCCUCUAGCAUUGACAACGGAGAAGAUAGUUAAUAUAUCCGCUACGUCGAUCCGAUGUUCCGUUAGUACAGAGACUGGAAAGGUGGCGACCUGGCUCGAUGAACUCUUAGGACAUGUUGCCUCUCGUCUUGAACAUCCAGCGCAAGCCUUUACCGAAUUUACAUUAGAUAAAAUUGUAUCACUUCAUACAUGUGCUCUGUAUACCGUCGCAAGACUUGAGAGUGGAACAUUGUAUUGGUGGGGUGUUUUGCCGUUUGCGCAACGUAAAAAGCUCUGGGAGAAGUACAAAGCUAAAUCACGCAAGCACAGACCAUCUACCGUGCUGUCGAGCGACAUCAGCUACGGAACACACGUAUGCAUGAAAAGUAGUCCAGUUUAUCAACCGGGAGCUAUCGGAUUCACAAUAGCUAAUGGCGUACCAAAAGUCGGGCAGUUACUUUCUGCAGCGUGGAACGUAGAUGCCACAUGUAGAUUCAAGAUACUACCUGCUGGUACACUUCUACCUAAUACCAACACCGACAAACGCGAGUCCAAUGGGAACGGUAGCACGGGAGUUGUGAACAAAGCGAAUCACAAGGAAACUGCCGACAGGCUCGAUAUGCCACCUCCACCAUCACCAGCUUCAAGCACUUGCAGCGAUACUGGCAGCAUUACAACUAGUCAUAAACGGCAGAAACGUAUGGCACCUCGGAGCGAAGGUGAAUCUGAGAGAAAAGACGAAGAGGAUUGGCAAUUAAAAGAUGUUGUCUUCGUUGAAGAUGUCAAGACUGUACCUAUCGGGAAAGUUAUAAAAGUUGAUGGUUGCUACGUAGCUGUCAAAUUCUUCUCGAAGGAUUUAAAAGAAAAAGAUAAAGAAAUCAAGGAAAAAGACUUUAGUACGUCAGAUUUCAAAGAUCUUACAGCGGAGGAACCAAUGAAGCUAUUAGCUGAUUGUAGACUUAUGCGUAAAGAUGAGCUGCAGGUGAUCAAGUCUACGUUAAAUCCACGGGCUCCGGAUUGUUUCCAAAGAACACCUAGAAGAGUCAACAUCGUAGAAGGCUCGAAUGAUAGUCUAUUAACCAUAUCGACCGAUGGGCAAGGCAUUCACGCUAUAUUGAAGAGCGGGAGCAAACUCAGUUACGUCGUGUACAAUUUAAGUACAGGGAGAUAUGUCCAAGAUUGUUACAUACCGUCUGAUAUCUCAUCGUUUUUAGGUUUACAACCUCAAAACAUUAAUCUCACAAGCGCAGGAGAGAAUAUCGAAUGCUCUAUGAUCUUACGAGACGGAAAUAAUACUAUUUAUCCAAUUGCGAAAGAUUGCGCCGACGCUAUUCGCGAUCCGAACUGGUUGGACUUGGUUCCAGUAAAUUGCAUCGGUGCGGCAACCAUACCGAUUCCUAUCUGUUCGAACAACUUGAAGAAUCAGGUGGCGGUUAUCGCUUUGGCAUUUGACAAUCUUCUGCUCAUGCCGCGCAUAUUGCGAUGUGAUUACGAGAGUGUGAAGCAAGUGUUUUGUAAUUUGGAGCAAGAUCUAAAAGGUAAUUUGACGUAUUCGCAAAUACAAAUGAUACUGAAAGAACGUUGCGAUGGCAACCGGAAUAUACUUCAUGCUUGCGUAAACAUGUGUUCACCAACUUCUAACAAAGAAACCGAACAAGUUAUCGAACGUGAAUUAGUGUCGAAUACGGUAGACGGUGCCUCAGCACCCAUCGAAGAACCAAUCCCGACGUUAAGUUGGCCGCCCGAAGCGUUUGAUAAUACAUCAGGAGAGGAAGACAGCUUGUUGAGUAUUGGUGCUGCUAGUAUCUCUAUGAUGAACAAGUCCGGUGUCGGAGCUGCAUCCAGCAACACGUACAUCAUAGACUCUGUGGAGAGACGACACAAUGCAUUACUCAUAUUGAAAUAUAUGUGUGAAAGUAUUGUCUUAGCGCCACAUAUGAGGGAAUUCCUAACAGCAAAGGAUGCUCAAGGACAAACGCCACUUAUGCUCGCCGUGUCUGUUCGCGCAUAUCACGCAGCCCUUAUUUUAUUGGACACUAUACAAAGAGUGGGCAGAGACGCGAAAGACACCUCAGCCAUGAUACUGCCAUCCGACGCCAGCCCGGAUUUAUCUCCGCUAUUUGUUACUUGUUGCAAUGACACGUGUAGUUUUACAUGGACUGGAGCUGAACACAUUAACCAGGACAUUUUUGAGUGCAGAACUUGUGGCUUGACCGGCUCACUGUGCUGUUGCACCGAAUGUGCUCGUGUCUGCCAUAGAGGUCACGAUUGUAAGCUCAAGAGAACUUCUCCCACAGCAUAUUGCGACUGUUGGGAGAAAUGUAAGUGUCGCGCUCUUAUUGCUGGCCAUCAAGGUGCAAGAUACGAUCUUCUGUGUCGUCUUGUGAACAAUACUGAUCUUGCCACCAAGAUUAACUCACGGGGAGAGAGUAUUUUGUUAUUCUUGGUGCAAACAGUUGGGAGACAAUUAGUCGAACAACGUCAGUUUAGAGCAGCACCCAGACAACGAUCGACUUCUGCUGGCCGCAAAGCACCGACUUCGGACGGUUUAGGUGCAGAUUCAGACAUGCCAGAUCAUGAUCUAGAACCUCCUCGAUUUAGUCGCAAGGCUCUGGAAAGGCUGUUGAAUGAUUGGCCGGCUGUUCAGUGUAUGAUCAUGUCAGGCGUUUCCGAGAACGGUACAGAUCAGUUAUUCGGCGAUCAAGGGCAAUUGUGUCGCCAGAGUGGUACUGCGUUACUAGACAAAUUCACGCAUUCCUUACUUGUUAAAUGUAGUGCUGAAAUGCUUGACACACUGCUCGCCACUUUAAUCAGAGAAUUACAAGACGAAUCUGUGCCUGGGCGGCAAGAAGAAGCAAAUAAUGUGGCUCGCCGAUUUGUGAGAUCCGUGGCGCGUAUAUUUGUUAUCUUUACCAUAGAAAUGGCACCAAACACGACAAAGAGACGAAAUACUAGUCAAUCUUCGCAACCUUUAAUGAAGUGUCGAAAAGUUUUUCAAGCUCUGAUCAAACUAGCUGUAGAAGAGUUAUGUGAAACAGCAGAUUCACUGAUAGCACCAGUCAGAUUAGGCGUAGCGCGUCCAACUGCACCGUUCACCUUAACCAGUUCCGCUAUCGAAGUAAUCAAUGGUUCCGAAGAAUUGUUUUCUAUAGAGCCUCUAAUACCUCACAGUGGUAUCAGCUCACAGACAUUGGAUGCAGCGUUGCAAACGCAACAAGGAAAUAAUAACAUAACGAUUGCAAGAGACGUUUCUGCUGUAGAUGAAGCAGAAGGUGGAGAGGACAGUACCAUUGAUUAUCCUGCAGAAGUACCGAUGGAUAUGGAUGGCGAUAUAAGUGAACAUGAGGAAUCGGGCGUCUCUGGAACUGCUGCUAGCCAGCCACUUGGCGAAGUCGAUUCGAAUGCCGGUGGUGUGGGUGAAGAGCAAGCCGGGGACGGUGAAUCAGACACAGAAUUGGACCUUUUAGCGGAAGCCGAAACCGAAUCAGAUUCAGAUGACAAUCAUAGUAACCAAGAUGCAGCGUCCGCGCAACGUAGUGUACAGACCGGUGCGACUGCCGGUUCUGACGGUGGAAUGGGAUCGAUAUUGUUGUUCCCUGAAGAUGAAUCCGGAGAAUCGAGUCAACAGGAGGAUGACGAGAGCGAAGCGGGAGAAACAGAUGAGCAGGACAACGAGGAGUUCCAGAUCGGUGACGAACAAUUAGAGCGCAGAAGUGGAUCGUCCGGUCAUUUGCAUCGUAAUAACCUCGCACCUGUAUCUAUGCAAUGGGCGAUACGCAAUCGUGAAUUAAGUACGCGCACAGCGGGAUUACGGGUGACAGGUGGAAGUAAUCUGGUUUUUAUCGACCCUACAUCUUUAAGACGUACCACGACGACGUCGGCCGUCGCAACCGCGCAAGAACCUAUAACUAUGGGGACUACCGCUAGUUGCCUGGCGCGAGCAUUUGGUAUCGUUAUCCGACAGAUCGCCGAUCUGUUGGUCAUGAUGCAAGAUUAUAAAAAUCUAGCGCCCACCUUGCCGCGAUUGAUGGAGAUUUCUUUCCAGGACGCUCUAAGUUUACAGACAUAUCUAGAAGCGCAUUUGAAGCCCACUUGGGAUUGGUUACUCACGGUGAUGGACGCUACGGAGGCGCAAUUGCGAUUCGGAGUAUCUCUGACACGCAGUGCGGACCCGACUCACCCAGAACACCCUCUGAAUAACGCUCCGUCUCUGUCCGGUGGUAACUUUACUGGUCUUUUGAACACAGCCGCGCUCUCGCUGACUCUUCAAGGAAAUACAGGUCGGAAUCCUCGCAGUGGUAUCGCUACGAGCUCGAAUAUCUCCACUCCCCAAGCUUCAACACGACUCACCGUUGGUUUUGCAGGCGUUGGCGAGCCUCCAAGAAGCAAUAGGGAACGCGAAGGUGGUGACGCACACUCGGCGAGACGUGAAUUCUUAUCAUAUUGUCUAUCUUUAAUGCGUGCUCACAACAGUGAACAUAGAGACAGUUUACCUGUAUUAGACGUCUCCGCUUUGAGACAUGUCGCAUAUGUGUUCGAUGCACUCGUGUAUUACAUGCGUUCUCUCUCAGAACCGCUGACUUCCAGAAGAGAAGCUCAAAAGGAAUCGCCCAGCUAUUCAUGUUGGAAUGAUCAGGAUGAAAAUGAUAAUGACGAAGGUGAGGAGUAUAAUUCGCCAGCACCGACUCCCAUGGAAACGGAUUCUGUGGACUAUCCGGACUUGCUACAAGUGCCCAUGUGCGGGUCUGGAAAUCAUGGCAAUGCCACGCCGAAAGGGAGAAAGCAUCCUUUCCUGCAAAGAUCAGAUUCCACUUUGAGCCUUGGUUGCCUGCCACUAGAUUCAUUCGACACUGUCAUGAGUGAAGCGUUGCCAUUAGCUGAUCAACCACAUUUAUUACAGCCACAUUCAAGGCGCGAAGAUCUCUUUGGUAUCCCGAGACAAUCGCCUUGUUCUCAUGCAGGUGGAUCUAAUCAACAUCCUUUGGAAGGUUUACCCACAAGAUUAGGUCUUUCCGCACGUAGUGCCGACAGUCAGAACGUCUUGGCUACUCCAACGUUUAGUCAAAUUGUACAAGGACCACUUUCUAAUUCUUUAGAAUCGAGAAGGAACUCUGUCUCAGCUGGCGAUUCAAACUCCGUCAAAUAUGCGGACAAAUUGAAGUCAUGCGGUCAUGCUAACGAAGGUCACUCAUCGCUCGUAGCAGAACAAAUUGAUAGAGCGCCGAUUAUAGUGUCCACGAAUAAUCAAGGUGAUGCAGCUAGCGCCAAAGGCAAAGACAUAUGCAAAACCAACAGAAGCGUCAUAGUUCGAGCUGGAGCUGCACCGGAAUCGAGCACAAAUAAAGCUGGCGCGCCUGAAAUACUUGUGGUACCGACUGUUGAGACUCAAAACGUGUCCGAGGAAGUGGCUGCAACGAGCCACGAGAUAUCUGCUCAUGAGACUGUGGAGACAAGUCCAGUAGAAUCUGCCAGAGCUGUAUCAUCCAUUGGGACUAACAUUUCGCACAACAUUUUGCUAGGACGAUGGCGAUUGUCGUUGGAUUUAUUCGGACGCGUUUUCAUGGAAGAUGUAGGUCUAGAAGCUGGAUCCGUAGUGUCCGAAUUAGGAGGAUUCCCCGUGAAAGAAGUCAAGUUCCGCAGAGAGAUGGAGAAACUUAGGAACUCGCAGCAAAAGGAUAUCACCUUGUCUAAGGUGGAGCGCGAUAGAACGCAGUUAUUGGUACAGACAAUGAAAGAAUUGAAUACACAAUAUAACAUAUACAACAGAAGAGCCACAAACACUCCACCUCUGGCAGUGAACAGAGUUAAAGUUACCUUCAAGGAUGAACCGGGUGAAGGAUCCGGUGUGACUCGAAGCUUCUACACCGCAAUUGCCGAGGCAUUGCUUGCAAACGAAAAACUUCCUAAUCUCGAGGCAGCGCAAGUGGGAAAUAAAUACACGCAAUUCAAUGUACUGCAAAAAUUGAAGAACAGGGAUCGCGACCGUGAUCUCAGGCGGCAGAAUACACGCUCGUCUGGGAAAUGUCGUGAGUCACGUCGAGCCUUGUCUUUCGACGCGCGUUCUUUCCACCCGUCGAGCGCGAUCGAAGGGAACAACAGCUCGGGAUCUGGCAGUUCAUCGUCCAACGCUCAUCCCAUGCCAGCGAUCAACCACGCUAACAAUGACCAUUUGUCCGUGCAUCAACAACAACUUGGGGAGAGAUUGUAUCCUAAGGUGCACGCCUUACGACCAGCAGUGGCUGAGAAAAUAACUGGCAUGUUGCUGGAAUUAUCACCGGCACAAUUGCUGAUGUUGCUGGCUUCGGAGGACGCUCUACGACAGAAAGUGGAAGAAGCAUUCGAGUUGAUUCACAGUCACAAUCAGGAUUUGACCAGCGAAGCGUUGCUGGAUCUCGAUGUGUUUAGCUUGACCGAAAGAUGCGCCGCAAAGAAGAAAAUGGAGAAUAGCAUUUUAGACGAUACGGAGGAUAACGCACCACUUUUCUAUUCUCCUGGCAAACGUGGUUUUUAUACACCAAGACAAGGCAAGGGCAGUUACGAGCGGUUAAAUGCCUUCAGAAAUGUAGGCAGACUCAUAGGAUUGUGUCUUUUGCAAAAUGAGCUGUGCCCGCUAUUUUUGAAUCGUCAUGUAAUUAAAUAUAUCCUAGGGAGGCCUAUACGUUUCCACGAUCUUGCAUUUUUCGACUCUGUAAUUUACGAAAGCUUGAGACAACUGGUCAUCGAUGCCGAAACGAAAGACAGCAACAGUUUAUUCUCUGCGUUGGAUCUUAUAUUCAGUAUUGAUUUGUGUCCCGAAGAAGGAGGCGGCUCAAUCGAACUUAUACCUAGUGGUCGUGAUGUGGAAGUAACCGCGAACAAUGUAUACGAUUAUGUACGCAAGUACGCUGAAGUUCGUAUGAUCAAGGUGCAGGAGAAAGCCUUGCACGCAAUGCGUGAAGGGGUCUUCGAUGUUCUGCCUGACGGUGCGCUCGAUGGAUUAACUUCUGAGGACUUGCGUCUUCUUUUAAACGGAGUCGGUGACAUCAACGUAACGGUUCUAAUAUCAUAUACGUCAUUUAACGAUGAGUCCGGGGAAUCGACAGAGAGAUUAGUGAAAUUUAAACGGUGGUUGUGGUCGAUUGUUGAGAAAAUGUCUCACGUGGAAAGGCAAGACUUGGUAUAUUUUUGGACUGGGUCCCCAGCGUUACCAGCGAGCGAGGAUGGUUUUCAGCCGAUGCCUAGCGUAACUAUUCGGCCAGCCGACGAUGUGCACCUACCAACCGCGAACACAUGUAUCUCUCGACUAUACGUUCCAUUGUACAGCUCUCGUCAUGUUUUACGACAUAAACUACUUCUCGCUAUCAAAACAAAGAACUUCGGAUUUGUAUGAAUUUGUCUUGUGACUGUUUGUGAGUAACAGUUCCAAAAAAGUCACAUUAUCGAUAAUUACAUAAGACAAAGGUUAAA